CAAAACGCUCGGGCACGGAACGUGCUUCAAUAAGUUUCUGGAGCUUUCUACACCAUUCGGUACACAGACAUAAAGACACCGGUACAAAUCGGUGAAAAUCACUUGUGCAACUGCAUUCAAGAGUAUCAUCAGUCACAAUUUGUUUUUCAUUUCUCGUCGAAGGGAGAGCAUUCGAUAAACAACGCAUAAUAGAGUUAAAAAAGUGAAGAGCACAGGGUGAACUGUGAACAUCACAACAGUAGAAGCCACGAGAUCCCAACGAAGGACGGAGCAAGACUCCGAAAGAGUGAUUUCUCCACUUUUUUAAAACAAUUUCUUGAUUAUUGGUGAAUCCGUCAGAUAUCACACAACGUAAUGUCACAGGUAGCAGCACUGAAGGACAAAGGGAACGCGGCCCUGCAGGAGAACAAAUAUGAGGACGCGAUAAAAUACUACACCGAGGCAAUAGCCCUGGACACGGAGAACCACGUGCUGUACAGUAACCGUUCAGCGGCCUACGCGAAAUCUGGUCAGUACGAAAAGGCCCUGGAGGAUGCAGAGCGCACAGUGACCCUGAAGAGUGACUGGGCGAAGGGCUACUCCCGCAAAGGGAGUGCCCUGGCAUACCUGGGGCGCCUGGAGGAGUCGAUAAAAGCAUACGAAACAGGGCUACAGCUGGACCCCAACAACGCCCAAAUAAAGGAGAGCCUGAGCGAGGUGAAGUCCCAAAAGGCCUCGUCCGCAGGUCUCUCGAACCCCUUCAACACGCCAGACCUCUUCGUAAAACUGCGAAACGACCCCCGAACAAAGGACUACCUGGACGACCCCGAGUACAUGAAACUGCUGCAAGAGCUGCGAACAAAUCCCCGAGCAAUGGGGACAAAGCUGCAAGACCCCAGAGUGCUGGCGACCCUGGGCGUUCUCCUAGGCUUCAACACAAUGGACACAGACACAGGAUCGAUGGACGAGGCGAUGGACAUCGAUCCCCCCAAGAGAGAGCCUCCACCAGAGGAAAAGCCCAAGCCCAAGGAGGAGGACGUCAGCCUGACGCCGGAGAAAAAAGAGGCAAUAGCUGAGAAGCAGAAGGGAAACGACAGCUACAAGAAGAAGGACUUCGACGCUGCACUGAAGCAUUACAACAGAGCUGUUGAGCUUGAUCCAACUGAUAUAACUUAUCUCCUUAAUAUUGCUGCUGUUUAUUUCGAGCAGAAGGAGUACACAAAGUGCAUUGAGCAGUGUGAGAAGGCCAUUGACAUUGGUAGGGAGAACAGAGCUGACUUCAAGCUAAUUGCCAAGGCCUUCACCAGAAUUGGUAAUGCCCACAAGAGGAUGGGGAGCUUGAAGCAGGCGAAGGUUUUCUAUGAGAAGUCAAUGUCUGAGCACAGGACUCCCGAGAUCAAGACACUGCUGUCGGAUAUCGAGCAGAGGAUCAAGGAGGAGGAGAGGAAGGCUUACAUUGACCCCACAAAGGCUGAGGAGGAGAAGGAGCUGGGGAACCAGAAGUUCAAGGAUGGGGACUAUGCGGGGGCGGUGAGACACUACUCUGAGGCCAUUGCGAGGAACCCUGAUGAUGCGAAAUACUACAGCAACAGGGCUGCCUGCUACACGAAGCUGGGGGCUUUCGAUCUGGGACUCAAGGAUUGUGAGAAGUGUGUGGAGCUGAAUCCCAAGUUUGUCAAGGGCUGGGUGAGGAAGGGGAAGAUUCUCCAGGGCAUGCAGCAGCACACGAAGGCCCUCAAGGCGUAUCAGACUGCUCUUGGAUUGGAUCCUCAUAAUGCUGAGGCCAGCGAGGGCUAUCGGAGCUGCUCGGUUUACUAUGACUCGAAUCCCGAGGAGGUCAGGAAGAGGGCUAUGGCUGAUCCUGAGGUGCAGAGCAUACUCAGGGAUCCCGCGAUGAGACUCAUCUUGGAGCAGAUGCAGAAUGAUCCGAAGGCCUUGCAAGACCACCUGAAGAAUCCAGCGAUCGCCGAGAAACUUCAAAAACUCCUCGAGUCAGGGCUCGUCGCUAUCCACUGAUAAAUCCACAAGAUGAUCAUCCUCUGAAGGAACUUCAAAAAUUAACAACGGUCCAUAUUCAUCUCAAUUGUUUAUACAUUGGAAAUCCGAGAGAUUCCCAACAAGACAGUUCAGACCAAUUCAGCUUUGUUGGGACAUUGUCCAAUGAUGCAUACUGCACAUUCAUUAAGGUUUAUUUUAUCUCCUGUAAUUGCUUGUCGUUCAAAUAAACAAGUAUAACAGUG